AAUUCAAUAUGGCAGCGACCAGGCGGCUUCAGAAGGAAUUGGGAGACUUAAGAAAGGCAGAUUUAAAAACGUUUAGAAAUAUUAUUGUAGAUGAAUCGAAUAUACUGAAAUGGGAAGGGUUAAUAGUUCCAGAUCAGGUUCCAUUCAAUAAAGGGGCGUUUAAAGUAGAGAUUAACUUUCCUGCAGAAUAUCCAUUCAAACCACCAAAAGUUACGUUCAAAACAAAAAUAUACCAUCCUAAUAUUGAUGAAAAAGGACAGGUGUGUCUACCUAUCAUUAGCCCAGAGCACUGGAAACCAGCUACAAAAACAGAUCAAGUUAUACAAUCACUAAUAGCCUUAGUUCAUGAGCCUGAACCUGGCCACCCACUCAGACCGGACUUAGCUGAAGAAUUUACUAGGGAUAAGAAGAAAUUUUUUAAAAAUGCAGAUGAUUAUACUAAAAAGCACAGCGAAAAAAGACCAACAGAUUAAAUGUGAUAAAUAUAUAUAGACAUGGCAGUGAUUAAUUAAUUCCUUGGUUUUUAGUGCUUUCAGAUUAAUUUAUGUUCUAGGAGAAGCAUUUCUUAUAGUAAUUGAUACAGUUUUCAGUUAAAGGAUUAUUUUCAGAAUAAAGAGAUUGAGAAUUCAAAGCUUAAGUAAGACAUACACAUAUCCAUUUAGAUUUUGAAUUUUCAGCACCAUAAUGUACAAUUUAACAUGUAAUUUAUUGUAAUUAAUUAAUACAAAUAGUUUUGAUUUAUCUCCUAUGAUACAACAUGUACAAGGGGGAAUAAUUUAGUAUGAUUCGAAAAAAAAUUUAAAUUAAACUUGAGCAAAGAAUGUAAUAAUAAAUUUUGGCAAAAGACAGCAGUGAUAAAAAAAAAAAUCAACUGCAAAGUAAAAUAUAUGUAUACACACAAUGUAACAUGUUAUCAUGUAAUUAAUUAAUAUAAGUGGUUUUGAUUUAUCACUUAUAAUACGAAGGGGAAUAAUUCAGGUUAAGUCAAUGCAAUAUUAAAUUUUGGCAGAAAACAGCUGUGAUCCCUCUUAGAACUGCAUUAGAGAGUAAAAAUUUGGUUGUUGCAAAAUUUUAUUUACUGGAAAGUAAUGAAAUCUAGGAAUUAAUUGUCAACUUGUUGCAGUCAAUGUGUGAUUAUUCCAUACAAUUUGUUUUAGUGAUUUAUCAUCAAGACUUUUUAUUUACAUUUGAUUGAUGCUUACAAGAUAAUGCUCCUGAAUUUGUUUGUUGAAUGUACUAUUUGAUAGAAUGAUAAGGCUACUGCAAGGAUUAAGCCCAUUCAGUUUAUAUUGUUACAAGUCAGCAGAGGUGGAAAGACUUAUAUAACGUCAGAUCUUAUGAUAAAAGAAACUUGUUGAUUGUCCUGUUGCUUUUAAUAUGAUUUGUAAGUUGGUUAAGUGAAGAGAAUGGUAAUCAGUGUUAUCCACUGAAAUGAUUUAUAGUAACUAUUACAUAAAUUCUUUGCGAUAAGUUAGGAAAUUUUCUAAAAACUGGUGUUCCAACUCCCUCAAGCAUAGUUGAACUGAAGUGGAUUUGGCUAUUUUUUUCGGUUUGUUUCGGUCAUAUAAUUCUUCAAGCAUAUGAGUUUUCCAUUCUUUGAAUUUUAAUUUUUCACAUUGAGUUUCCAUGAUGAAGGUUGAUCCAGAGAAGGGCUUCAUUCACACCACAUUUAUAAUGUAUUAUUUUAAUUUUGCAGUAUAUGACUUUGACAUGGGAUGAACCCACAUUGACCGCAUCAUAGCCUGUUGUCGUUUGUCUUUCUACUUGGCAAUGUUUUACAUUUAUGUAUAUGUCUUAGUAAUUGACCUGAUGUAUUGGUAUAAAAGAAGAUUUUUUUGUUCUGUUUGUUUUUAUCUUUUAAUGUCAGGAAUAUUUCUGAUUAAUGUUUUUUUUCCUAAGGAAAAUGCCAGCAGUUGAUAAUAACCUCAUUGUGACAUAUUUUCUUUCCGUGUAACGGACUGGAGAAUUUUUUUCAAGCUAUUUCCGUUUAUGUCUUCAAAAUUGAGAAAAAAGAAGUUUAAUUUUUUAAUAAGAAGUGAAAUUUACAUGUAGUUAACAUGUAAUAGAAAAUUUCUUUAGUAUACUCAGAUGAAGAGGAAUUGAUGGAUUUCAAAGAAAACUGUGAAUAUAUAUGAUUAACUUUGUUCAUAUCUUGUAAUUGAUCACAUCUAUGCUAUUGCUUGCAAAGCUGGUUGAAUAUGUUUGGUGUCAACAGUAAUCCAAUCUGCUUGAACCCAAGUGGUAUUGAAUUGGAAAACCUUUGACUUGAUUGAGGCAAGUUCACCAUGAAAAAUCUUUAGCAUCAAUUUCAUUAAAUGACAAAUAAUUACAGUAGAAGUAUGUUGCUUUUGUAGUUUUCAAUGGUUCAUUUACAACCAGUAAAAUUAUGCUCAAUAGAGAGUAAAUAAACCCAGGGUUCAGAUAUUAACCAUGGCAUUAUGUUUAGACCCAUUUUAGUGUUUUCCUAAGCCUGCAGACUUUUUUUAGGAUCUGUCAUACAUUGUAGUACAAUAGGCCCAGUUUUCUGCAGAAUUAUUUGACCUGUAAGAUGACCUUUAAAUAAAAAAAAUUGAUAUUGAAUUGACCAUUGACAUUUCAUUAAGAAAUAAGAAGAUAAGAAUAAAAGGUCUAUGAAAGAGACAAUUGUGAACCUUUGCAUAAACAUUGCAAUAUCUUGAGAAUUAAAUAAUGGACCAUAUAUAUGCAUCAUAUUUGUAAUUUGUCUUUCUAUAUAUACCUGGUAUUGGUUUUGUUCAUCACAAUUCUGUAAAGUGAGAACUUUUUUUGUAAUAUAAAAUAAGACCAAUGAUUUCCACAAGAUGUAUAAGACAUUAAAGAUAGCAUGUAUGAUGAAUCUACUGUCUUUGUAAUGUGAAAAGAUCUGUUUAAGAAAAUGAACUCUUUAUUCUAUGCUUUGUAGAAAUUUUUAGAUCGAUUACUUCUUAAAUAUUUUUGGAGGCUGAAACAAAUAAACUAAUGUACUUCAUAAUUCCUGACAAAAGUUUUGGUAUUUGUAGAAAUAAAAUUUUCAUUGUUAUUGAGUUUGAUUAAGAAAUUGUGUAAAAUUUGAAACGUGCAAAGAUCAAUCUGAAGAGAAUAUAAAAAAAAACUUUGGCAGUAAAAUUGAAUGAUUCUUGUGUUACAUUUUUUACAGUACAGAUAUUUGAUGUAAAAUAUCAUUACAAAGUUCUCACUUUACAAUAAAUGUUUUACAUGUUUUCAUAUAAUUCGUUGUCUAGGAUUACUAUAAUAUCUUGAAUUCAAUCUGUCAAUGUAUACAAAGGAUACAUGUUCAUAUUCGACAAAAUACUGUUAGGUGGUUUAUUUUCCUUUGGAUUUUAAAUUUCAUUAUUUCUGAUUUAAAACUUUAUGCAUUUUUCCUACCUGUAUUUCUAAUCUUCUUUUAAGAUCAAAUUAACAAGAAGGGAUAUUUUAUUAAUUUUAACAUUAUGUCAAAAUUAGCCAAAAUAAACCACUCACAAAAAUUUCCACAACUAAAUGACUUGCAAAGAUGUCAUAUUACAAUUUAUUUCCAUGAUCAUUUUAUAUAUAAGUUAGUUGUUUUGGUGUCAUUGGGAGGAAAAAAGACCAGAAUUAGCAGGAGAAACAGAUAUUGGAUUUUCUACACACUGAUGUAGUAAAAUAUCAUCUGCCAGCUACAAUGAGAACAUUUUUUGGCAAGUGAAGGGAAUCAGUAAAAAAGUUUCAUAUUGUGUCUAGCGGUUGAUGUUUUACGAUAUCUAUAUGCAGAAAACCCAAUAGGUGUUUAUCAUGUUUUUUUGGUAUUUUUUUUCCUUCCUUAGACAAUUUUACGCUAGACAAAACUAAGCUUGAUAACUUCUCACACAUUGUAACAACAGUGAUAACUUCUCCGACAACACAAUGUCGUUGCUGAUAACUUCUGCUUACACCUCAAUGCUGUGAUAUUAGAAUUAAAAACACUGAGAAGGGUGAUGUAGGCAAAGAGAUGUACAAUAAGAUGUUAUAGUAAUCUUAAGUCAUGUGUAAAAGAAGUGUGCUUCAUUCUUAAUAUUAAAAACUUUUGUGUUAGUGUUUAUUUUUGCUGUAAUAAAGUAAUUAUAUUCAUAUGUUAUCAUAACUAUACUUAGGUAAAUAAUAUAAAUGGGUAUCUAGUAACCAAUAUAAAUUAUAAAAUAUAUUAAGAGUAUCUAUUGGUAACAUCUGAAUUGAUUGCUCAUUAAAAAAUAAUGUACCAAUUCCUCUUUAAAGUAAAAUAUUUUACAUACAUAACCUGUAUAUUGAAUUACCUCCCCCUGGCUCUAAUAAUUAUAUGUGAAUUAUUCUAGAUUAAGUUCAACCAUUUAUGUUUUUUGUUUAAGUGAGUGAUACAUUUGAUAUUAAUUAUUUUAUAAACAAAAAAAUGGACAUUUUCACUUUUCUAUGCUAUGUCUGUAGCUAGGGUUACUGUGGGUUCAUGUUGAAAGAUGCACAAAAUGUAUAUCUGAUUGUAUAAUUUAUAGUAAAUAUAUAGCUGUUGUGACUUGUUACAUAAUACUUUGACUAGUAGCUGCCUUCAAGUUCAUGGUUUGAUAAUGAUGAAAAGAUGGUUGAAUUUGUCGAAAAAUACAUUUUCACUAAAAAUAUUCAUAAGUAAACUAUAACUUUCUUUCUGUACCUUUUAUUUUUGAUAUUAUACCUAUAUAAACCAUGUCUGGUCAGGUCAAGUGAAGGUUGUAAUACUUGGGAAGAAAAAGGACUAACAUGGAGGAUAGUUAAGAUUUGUUUUUCAAAUUUUAAUUCCAUCUAUAAGAGAGUUCUGAUAUCAUAGAUAGUUCCUAAAACAUUAUUUAUAUAAAACAGUUAUUCAAAUUACAGACAUUUCUUUACCAAAAUUUGUAUCUUGAAAUUUAACGUGUUGAAUUCUGUUCAAAUCCAAUGCAUAGAGUGCAUCUUCUGAUUGGAACUAUCUUAUUUUGUGUUAUUGACAGAUAAAUAUUAGGAUAUAUGAGAGCAAUGACAAAUUUUAUGUACUUUAAAUUUUCUGGCAUAAUAUCAGGAGUAAAACACUUGAAAAUUAAUUUGUACAUUAUAAUUUGAUGGUCAGUUAACUCCCCAUGUGAUUGUUAUUUCACUCAUACUUUCAGAAAGUGUAUAUGCAAUUCGGUCAUAUAAAGUAAAUGUUAUCUUUUCUGUUUGAUUUUUUUUUGUCUUAAAAUGGUAGAGUGUAUGGUUUAUCUUUAAUAUCCAACAAGAGUAAAUAAAAUAUUUCACAACCUG